AUGAAUAACAAGGCGCGCACCCCCGCUCCCACCCCAACCCGGGCAAACACCCCGUCCCGGACACCGACUCCCAUCCGAACGGCAACCCCGGUCCGGGCCUCGAACCCGGCGCACAAGCCGACUCCGGCCCCAGCUUCCACCGGGGCCCGCAUCUCGACCCCCGUCCGCCAUCCAGCUCCGGCCCGAACCUCCACCCCGGUCCGGCCUCCCGCCCGCGGUCCGAGCCCCGUUGCAGUCCGGUUCCCGGCUCCGAUCCGGUUCCCGGCUCCGAUCCGGUUCCCAGCCCCGGCCCCGACCCCAGCCCCAGCCCUAACUCCAGCCCUGGCCCCAACGCCAGCCCCAGCCCUAACUCCAGCCCCGGCCCCGGCCUCGGCGCCGAUGCGGACCCCGCCGCCACUCUGGGCCCCCAAACAAGCCCGGGCCUUCCCCACCAUGCUUCCGGCGGGGUUCCUGGCGAGCUCGGCCUCACCCAGGGCGCAGCCCCUCUCCUCCGGGCGUGCUAACUCCUUCCUGAAGGAGCCCGCGCUCCCCCAGAAGCGGGGACCCUCAAUCCACAGCCUCGCAGAGGCCAUCCAAGAGCCGGGCCCAGUGCUCAUCCCCACGGUCGCCAAGAUCCUGAGCCCCGCCCCGGACCCCGGCCCUUACUUAGACUCCGUGGAUUCCCCUGCCGUGGCCUCCUGCACCCUGGACCCGGCCCCGCCCCCGGCCCCGGCCCCGGCCCCGGCCCCAAUCGCUGGCCUGGAAAUCCUGUCCAGCCCCCUGAAGGAGGCCCCUGCGCUGGGUCUGCUCCCCACGAUCUCCCCAUCCUCCAGCUUCGCCGAUUACACCAAGGAGGACCCCACCACCAGCGAGAACUUCCCGACGGCCAAGAAAAUCGUCAUCCGUGUGACAUACUGCGGCCUCUGAAGCUACAGCCUUCGGUACAUUCUACUGAAAAAAACCCUGGAGCAUGAAUUUCCAGACCUCCUGAUGUUUGAGGAGGACAAAGCUCCCCAGAUUACAGGGGAGUUUGAAGUGUUUAUGGAUGGCAAGCUGAUCCAUUCCAAGAAGAAAGGUGAUGGCUUUGUGGAUGGGUCCAACGUGCAGAAACUUGUGGAUAUUAUCAGUGAGGAGAUCAAGAAAAGGUAGCAGCAGUAGCGGAGCUGGAAAUGAGUGAGGUGCAAUGGAGGGCCAGGAGGAGGUGUGAAGGAACCUCAGCGGGAUGAUGAGAAGGGCUGAAACACUGCCAAACCAGGUCCUUUUCGGAUGGUGGCUGGGGCUCGGGCGGGGUUGGGGAAAGUAAAGAAAGUAUAAUCCGC